AUGAACGUGCAAAUGAUAAAUCUCGAAGAAGAAGAUACGCAUUUUAUAGAUGGCAGCGAGUACAAUGGCACAUGGAGCACACUCGGCAUGGACGGAGUCGGCAAAUUCUGUCUACCCCACAGCGCCGUAUUUGAAGGGGAGUUCCGCGAUGGCACGUUUCACGGCCACGGUAGCAUGUAUUGGCCUCGGGGGCAAAGAAUGGACGGUAUUUGGCACCAAGGUGAAUGCAAAGAGAAACGAUACACAUUUAACGACGGUUUGGUCUUCCGGAAACAAGGUUGGGAGUACUGCAAGUUUCCCGACAGACGAUACCACGUAUGCGUGGAACGCGGAUUAAGGCCCGCUGGAGCAACAUUGCGUACCAACCACGAAGAAGAUAUUACAAUUCCGCCUACGUGUUACGAUUCGGGUAUUGGAAUCUUUAAUCCACGUACGCAUUGUAUCGUGUCCUAUCGAAAUUCGAAAAAGGUACUGGAAAUACCAACCGCGUCGAUGGUUCGAUGGAUAAAAAACAAUUGUCAAAAAGGGUGGGACCAGCCGACGGGGCAUCGAGAAGAUCUUUACGAAAAUUGGUUCUCCAAAAAGAUCGAUUCAGAGGCACUCUUUCCUGGAUUGCUACCGUUUUCGAACGACUCCCCUGAACCCUGGUGGAAAAGAUUGACUACCUUUCAACGAGACGAUCGUAUCAAGAAAGAAGACAAACUGAGGAGUUAUUGUCAGUGUGGAAAAACACUCUAA